AUGGCACCUUGUGAUGCCUCCGGUGCAUCUGAAGAUUCUGAUCUCAUUGUAGUAGCAGCGAGGUGUUUGGUUGGUGUUUGUUUGACAAAACAUAUGAACCAGGGUGGUUGGAAUGGUGUUUUGCGUUGGCAGUGGGUGCAGCUCGACGUUGGCUGUGGGUGGUCCUUGGUGGCUGCUACUUACGGUCCAAGGGGAAGGGUGGAGGUUGGUGAUCAAUUGUUGAAACAGGAAAGGGAAGGAUGGACCUGGUGGUGGUUCUUAACUGUACUAGUGGGAGAUUGUAUGGUGGGUUUAUGGUGUGUUCUGAUGAUUAUUGUUGGUGGUUCACAAUGGUUCUGUGGUGGUGCUAAUGAUGCUAUUUCAGGACUAAGGUUGUGGGGAGUUAGAGGGAUAUGUCAUCUUAUGUAA